AUGCACCACGCCCACGAGCCCAGCGGCCUGCGCGUGUAUGAUCUGGAGGAGGGGCGCGGCCGCGAGAUCCAGGAGGGCGACAAGAUCUCGGUCCACUUUGACUGCCUGUACCGCGGCAUUGAUGCGGUGUCCAGCCGCUAUGCGCGGACACUGGGCGGCAACCGCACCGUGGCAGAGCCCCUGGAAUUUGUUGUCGGCGAGUUUGUGACGGGCUCAACCAUGAAGCCUGUCGGGGACAGCGGGGGCGGCGGCCUGUUCUCGGGGGCGUCGGGCCCCAAGCCGCCGCAGGCCAUCUCAAAGGCGGUGGUGGGCAUGAAGGUUGGCGGCAAGCGCCUGGUGCUGGUGGAUGUCCCGGCACUGGGCUACCCCCAGGGCAACCAGGAGAUCCCCGCGGGGGAGCCCUUUGAGCUGCGGAUCGAGGUGCUGGGGACAAUCGGCUGA